AUGGCUGUGUUCGAGACGGAGCAGAGCCGCAUCGUGGCUGCUAUCAACACCGCACCCACUGUCCACUCUCUCUACACCGGCUACAAGGCCAUCUUUGUUACUUGCCAGAACCUUUCGUCUUCGAUGUUUUGGGUCCUUCUCGACCUUCAGCAGCAGCAGCAGCAGCAGCAGCCAUCCCGGAUCCCAGCGUGGGCCACCCAAAGGAACGAGGCGCCAUCGCCGCCGCCGCCGCCGCCGCCGCCCUCGCAGCGGCCGCCAUGGCGCACAACAACAUCGUCGGCCCUGCUCUUCGCGAGCAUGGAGCCCGUCACGCCCCCGGACCAAAUCAUACCCGCCGAGCCGGGCAGCCCACCUCCGGCGCCCCCUCCUCCUCCACCCCCUCCGGCGGCGGCGGCGCUGCGCUACGGCGACGACGGCGGCGACCUGCGCGGCGAGGCCUUUCGGAGCAUGCGGGACGAGCUGGCCGGCGUGUCGUCGGACCUCGACGACCUCGCCCUCCUCCUGGCCUCCUCCACCCCGGACGCGGCCCGGGACUUUGACCUCGACCUGGAGCGGCUCGCCGCCGACGUGCGCGACUACCUGGCCGAGGCGCGGGAGCGGUGCGGCAGGUGGGUUGACCGGCUCCAGAUGUGGCAGCAGCACCAGCAGUACCAGCAGCACCGGCAGCAGCAGCAGUACCAGCAGUACCCGUACUACCCGCAGUACCCGAUGUACCCGAUGUACCCGCAGCGCCAGCAGUACCCGCAGCUCCAACAGCAGCAGCAGCAGCAAACGCAGCUGUCGUCCCCAAGCCUAGACGUGCCCAUCAGCAGCAGCAGCAGCAGCGGCAGUAGCAGCAGUGGCUCGGAGGAGAUGUACCCCUUCCCGGCGUUGGGUGGGUAUAUGUUUGGGCCCCCCGUCCGCCCGGAGCCGCGCCGGUGGGAGCCCCCGCCCCUGAGGCCGGUCUGGGGGAGGCCGCCGACGCCCGGCCCCGGCCGGGGACUGGAGGCGGCGGCGGCGGCGGCGGCGAGAGCCAUGCGCCGGGGCUCAAUGCGCCACCCCUCGCCCGUGCUGCCCGCCUGGAGACCCACGCCAUACCCCUACCCAGAACCCGCUGCGUUCGACGACGGGUCGUAUCCCCUCCCCGCGCCCGUCCUCGACCGCCGCCCCAGCCCCCACCCCAGGCCUAGCGAUAACGACGGCGACGACGACGACUGGGCGGAGCGGGCCUGCGCGCGGCGGCGGGGCGACCUGCGGCCGUACCAGGCGCACAGCCACGCGUGCCGGCUGCGGCGCGAGGGCGACCAGCCGCCGCUGCACAACCUGACGUGCUGCGGCUUCAUGUGCCGCCCGUGCCGCGACCGCUUCCGCGCCAUGUCGUGGCCCUCGCUGCUGCCCCGCGGCGCCCAGGGCCCCGCGCCCGAGCCGAUGACGGGGGACCCGCCCGCCGGAGCCGACGACAUCCCGCGGCUGCCGCAAACGCGGGCGCAGUGA